AUGCAACUAGUAGGAAUAUGUAUUAUAUUAGUCUAUAAUAAAGAGAACGAAAGAACUAGUAACAACAAUACUAAAUUAUCCAUAAAUAAGAAACGAGGUUAUAAAGAAUGGCUUGGUUUCAAUAAUCGACUUUCAUCAAUUCUAUUACCAUUUGCUAUAGCUUUACUCACAAUAGUUAUAACGAUACAAGAAAGUAAGAAACAACGAAAUGAAACAAUACUUUCCAAUUAUUUAAGAGGUAUGUCACAUUUAAUUCUAAAAUACGGUCAGCAAUUAGAUGAUCAUAAAGCAUGUAUAACAGCUUCAUCUAUGACCUUCACGGCACUUGAACAAUUUAUAAUUCCUUAUCGUGAUCUUUAUUUACCACAUGUUGAUUUAAUACAUGCAUCAUUUAUUAAUCUUCAAGUUGAAUAUGCAAAUGUGACUAAUGUAGAUUUUACAAAUGCUAAUAUAAGUAAUGAACAAUUACAGCAAGCUGCUUUUCUUAAUCAUGUUAUUAUUUUUCCUAAUGGAUCAUUUUUUCAAUAUGAAAAAUAUAGUCAUAAUGUUUUAUCAGUAGAUAAUUGGAUAGAUAAUGGAACACUUGAAAAUAAUUUAUUUAUAUUGAAGUUAGGUUUAAUAAUUUUUAUAUUUUUAUAA